AGCGAUGGCGCAUUGGGUGCCAUCGAUAGCGUGCAGUGCCUCCCGAAUUCAAUCGAUCAUUGCACUCCCUCCACAAGCGCGCCGGCCAACACCUUGCCGAUUCGACACCGAAUGAUGACGCUGUUUUGAUCGAAUAACAUCUCGCUUGGGCAAUCGUGUUUGACUCUCUCGUUCUCUGCUGAACCUGCGGCCUUUGCUAGGCAGAAACGAAAACAGUGAAAGAUUUCCUCAGCCUUGCUUGUGGCGGCAGUCCAUGUUCUUCCUCUUUUUUUUUUGGUUCGCUCAGAUGCAUCCGCACCGCCUACCGCUGGCUUGGAUCAGCACCAAAGGCGAUCUUCACGCGUCGCGCAGAGCACGGGCGGUGAGGUGGGUAGGCCACGCGAACCCUUUCAAAGUUCAUUCGGUCCCGUGUUGGGCGUGGCGGUGUCGUGGUGUCGCGUUCCAUCCCUCGCUUUCUCGAAGCGGGAAUGCCACCAGCAGAGCCAGUACGGCACUCAGCUGGUACAAAUGCAAGACGAGGGAAUCCUGUGCUGCGACCCUCGACUGGCCUUCCCCCCAAAACCUCUUGUUUGGUCUGAGCGGUACGCAUCACGCCUUUGCUCCUUCACAAGUAACAGCCUUGUCCUUCUCGCCGCCAGCGUCGACCGAUUUGACUCGGCGAGAAUUGCUGGAUCAGGUAAACGGUGCGAAUCCCAAUGAUGUGCAUAUCCUGGAGACCAGCCGCACUCCUGGCCCUUUCCCUGUGCCUUAUCGCCCCUUCAUCUCGCGCUUUGCCAUUCACGCGAGAGCCGAGUGGACUUGACGGGUUGCACGAGCUCCUCGAGCACUUGCCUCCUGCUCAGAGGCCUACACGUGCAGCGGUCCCAGCAGCGCCUCCUGCAGUGCAUUCUCACCCAGAGAUGUAAGUGUCUGCGAUCAGAGUAGAAUCGUCAAGACGCAUCUUCGAGAGCUCAUUAGGACCAUGACUG